GGAGCGCAGCGGAGCCGGCCGGCGCCAUGGAGGAGCUGAGCAGCGUGGGCGAGCAGGUCUUCGCGGCCGAGUGCAUCCUGAGCAAGCGGCUCCGCAAGGGCAAGCUGGAGUAUCUGGUGAAGUGGCGAGGCUGGUCCUCCAAACACAACAGCUGGGAACCUGAAGAGAAUAUUCUUGAUCCAAGGCUGCUCCUUGCCUUCCAAAAGAAGGAACAUGAGAAAGAGGUGCAGAAUCGGAAGAGGGGCAAACGACCCAGAGGCAGGCCCAGGAAACAUGUGGAACCAGAGGUGCCUCCAAAAAUCAAGUCAAGUAGCUCCUCAUCCUCCACAUCUUCAUCUUCUUCCUCCUCUGAUGAAGAGGAUGAGAGUGACCUGGAGGCAAAGAGGGGUCCCCGGUGCAGAGAGACUCACCCAGUGCCACAGAAGAAAGCUCAGAUUUUGGUUGCAAAGCCGGAAAUAAAAGACCCUGUCAGGAAGAAGCGUGGGCGGAAACCUCUGCCUCCGGAGCAGAAGGCAGCCAGAAGGACCAUGAACCUGGCAAAGGUGCUGAAAACAACCCGAAAGGAGAUGGGUGGAGGUUCCAAACUGAUGGGGAAAUUGCAGCCCCAACACAAUGCUCAGGCCUCAGGUAUUGCUGUGCUUAAAUCUAAUGUGAAAGAGCCCCAAAGUGCACUGAGUGGGCUUGGUUCAGGGGGCUUAUCCGCUGAGAACCUGCCCAAUAUACUGAAGGGCCCUUCUGGGAGCCCAAGCCAUGGGAUCAGCUGGCAGAGUUCUAUCGUGCACUACAUGAACAGGAUGUCCCAAAACCAGAGCUUGGCAGAGGCCCCAGCCCCAGGGAGACUGGCACUCAAGUCACAAGCAUCCACCAAGAGUAGCCUAGGACUAGACUUAAAAAUGAGAAACCAGAAAGGAGCUGGGGAGCCUGGGUUGAAUGUGCAAGGAUCCAAAGCAGCCAAGGCACUUGGCAGUGGUGCUGGAGGGGAUCAGAAAUCAGGCUUCACUGCUGGGGCUCAGACCCUGCCCAACGGCAGCAAGGCACCUGUGAAUUCGCCUGUCCUAGGAAGCCACCUGACUUCCAAUCAGGAGCUGAACCUUCAAGCUUUAAACUUACAGAGUAUCAAAAAUGGGCCAAAUUCAGCAGGUGGCAGCAGCCUCCCUCGGCAUGUCUGUGGAACUGUGGCCAAAAGUUCUGGCGCCGCAGCUGUGAAUGUGGGGGCAGCCGCUGCCACGGGCAGCGGGGUGGGCACAGUGGUGAAUGCACAAGACACAGGGCUGCCGCCAGGCGUGGACACCUGCAAAAAUGAGAAACCAAUGCAAAGAGCAGCUGCUGGGGAAAGAGACGUGACAAAAAGUGGUGCCUCAUGUGUGCAAGAGGGGCACCCCACAAGAGAGAACCACAAGCCGGCAGCCCUGUCUGAAAUGAGCACCGGCGAAGAGGAGACCAGCUCCGAUUCGGAUAGGGAUUCUGCCUCGUUUCCUGGUAUGAGCCAGAACAUGUCAGUCUCCAUCCAGACCAGCCAGGACUGGAAACCCACCCGCAGCCUGAUCGAACACGUCUUUGUCACAGACGUGACAGCCAACCUGAUUACAGUGACCGUCAAGGAGUCUCCCACCAGUGUUGGGUUUUUCAAUCUUAGACAUUACUGAACCAGGAGGUACGAGGUGGGGGGAUGGGUUCCAUAGCUCCUUCUGAUGCCUCUUUCCCAUUGGCUUUACCUGAUUGUUUCAUUGGGUUUUUCUUUAAGUGAAUGCCAGAUGGCAAUGAGAUUUGGGGAGGCAAAAAUCAGGUGUCCCUGCCCCUAUAAGCAAUUGGCUAUCAAACAGCACUCUGGCUUCCCCCAACAAAGUGUUCUGCCAUUGCCGGUCAGCAAUGUUCUUGGUGGUUCAUUGUAUCUGUGGAGGUUUCCUGGAGCCAAUAGAGAUUUUCUCUGAGGGCUGCGAGGAGUAGGAUACAAUGAAAUCUGUUAAGAGUUACCAAAGGGCAUUCUGUUUUUCUGACCACUAUAGCAGAUGGCACCAGAGUAAGGCUAAUGCAGUGGUUCUCUGGUGGGGAUUAAGGCUGGCUGCUUAAAAGUGCUUAGCAAGUGACUGGUAAGCCAGGUUUCUCUGUGGUUGGAUUUCUUUGCUGUACAACUUGAAAUGUCAGAACACCAGGUACCUGCAACACCAGAACAUGCAAGUACCUGGACAGUUGGGGAGAGGGCUAUGGGAUCAUGCAAUGUAACAGGCUAAAGCUUUUCCUUGAGAAAAAGUGAGUUUUUGGGGGGGGGGUUGUUUGUUUUUGUUUUGUUUUGUUUUCCCUCUAGGCAUUAGCACAAGCUCCUGGGACAGUCAAACUCAAUCCAAAUCAGACAGCCAACUUCUGCAGUGUUCCACAUGCUGCAGGGUUGGGGGUUGCCUGUAGAUGUGGGGGUUUUCAGGGGCCAUUAGUUUAAGCCCAGCUACCCUCCUGGGCUAGGUUGCUCCGAGUGAUGAACGUGAAGUGACUGCUAGUUCUCUUGUGUUGUUUUGCAAAUGAAUGGAAAUAUUGUUUACAUUUAUAUACAAAAUCCUCCCUUGUUCAGAAGGAAGGUGGGGGGCAAGGGGGUAUCAGACUAAAACUGUUGCUGCUGCUGGCAAACUCAGACCCGCUGUGGUGGGAAUGGGCAUCACAGCCUGCAUUCACACCACAUGGGGCACGUUUGGGGUGCACAGCUUGAGCUGGCAGCUGAUCAGCAGUGUAAGCUGCUGCUGUGAAAUUUCUCUGUGCAUGAAAGAAGAGAAAUCAGGGAUGAGAACCAGUCUGGACGAUUUAGUGCUCUCCAGAUCCAGGUCUUCUCCUUCUCCCAGUAUCAUUAACACUUCACCUUGCAUCCAUCAGCCACUAGUCCUGGUGGAGCUUCUGCAGACACCCCCACGCCGCAUGUUUGGGAGCAUUAAAUCACAUGGUACAUGCAAAUACUUGUGGCAGGAUUUAACUUGCUGCUUGCACAUGUCCUUCAGGCCCGUGUGUAGGUUUUGCAGCCCCAGGCCUAAAGCCACCUGCUGCCUGGAGACCCGCUGUGAAGCUCAAGCACAAUGGAAAAAACUUUUCUCCUAGGUGUGAGGUUUAUAGGUGCCAUGAGGCAUGGGAGAGCAGGCAGCUCGAGGCUCUGACUUGCCAUUAGCCUUGUCUUGAUGCUACCACUAGGAAUGAGUGAGGGUUAAAACACAGCGUUUGUGGGAUCCAAAUUCCUGCCAAGCUCCCAUUGCCAGCAAGCUUUACGAGCGCUGUGGAGGCAGUGCAUGCAAGGCUCACGCUGGGUGCUGCCAAGUGCCUUCAAUUCACAUGAUUUCAGUGGAAACUGAGGGUGCUCAAAACCUCCUAGGGUGGGACCCAAUGUGGCUGGGGUGAGGACAGUGCUCACCUCACAGCCUCUCAAGCAGCAGUUCCCUAUGGACAGCCUUUGGCAGGCUCUGGAUGGAGCCUCCUUCAGGCAGACAAGGAGGCUUUUGCUGAACUCUUUGAAUGCAGCCUUUGCGAUUGUAGUGUUCUGGAACUCUCCUGGAUGUGUGGCAGGGGCAGCCUGGUACCUUCACAUGCUAUAAGAACAUGCCUGCAAAAGGCAGCCCUUGAAAGAUCAAUGCAGCAGGGUGGCCGAUGACUGUCUGGGCUGGCGGAUCAGUGUGUUUAGGUGCCACUUCAAAGUGGAUGGGUUCACCUUCUACAUCCCUGCCCCAGUGACAUGCAUCUUACUCAGCCACAGUCUGGAGCACCUGCAAUGUCAGUAGCGGCUGGGCUACUAAAGGGAUGCUGUCAACUCGUAAAGAGCCAAAGGCUGCAGCUCCACUAGGUGAAUAUAGGCGCACACAUAUUUCUUCAAUUCUGUUUUACUGCUCUGAUGUGGUCAGGCAUUUAAAAUGCUAGUUCCUUUGGGCCUGGGCUGGCUGCUAUGCUGGUCUCUCAGGUGGGUAGUGAACGUCAGGGAGGUUUGAUAAUCUAUUGCUGUUGGUACUGUGGUGUCUGGGUUGCUUGCUAGGGAAGGUUCCACUGGAUUUUAUAUUUAAUUCAUAAACCUUAAUUGGUUUAGGUUUCAUUUUUAACAAACGUAAACUUGAGUCCAAUUUGAGAUGACAAGCCCUUAAUCUUAUGCAAUGGCUCCUGCCUUGAACAUAACCCUGGUGGAUUUGUCUCCUCAAGUGUGUGGGACAAGAGGUCAUGUGGGUCAGACUAGUUUAAUCUGCAGGAGGGUUUGUAAGAAGAGUUGGCUUUGGAGCUCCCUGGUGCCAAAAAGUAACGUCUGUUAUUCAGUUGACCUCAUAAUUCAAGUGCAGCCAAACUAACUACUAUGACUUUGAGACCUUCAAAUUAGCUUGUGGAUUCAGAAGACUUUGCCCCUGUGGUGGCCUUUACCACAUGUGUUCUGAAGCCCCAGACAUGGGGAUGCUGGAAGUUCCUUUACAUCAGUAAUGAACAAGGGGGGUCUGGAGAUCUUAAAAGCUGUGUCUGGCUGUCUUCCCCACACACCAAAUAUCUAUUACUUGGCCUUUGCAAAUCCAAACUAAUGUAACUUACAAUGUGCCUUCUGGAAUGUUCUGUCCCCGCCUUGCCCAUGAUAGAGGUACCGACAGCAGUCUCACCCUUAUGCAAAGCUGGGUUAGUCCAGGGUCCUAUGAAAAGCAAGGACAUGGGUGAGGGGAAGGAGAGAAGAUCCUUCCUUCUCAGCAGGGUGGCACCCAGCAUUUAUGUGGACCUCCAGUGACACCUGCUUUGGUGAUGGUAGCAGCUGGUGUGUAUCCAAAGGGAACUGCACCCUCCUUUCUGAGGCUGGCGUCUGAACACGGAGAGGGAAGAAGCUGCUUCCAAGGGAUGAACCCAUAAAUCCUUAGAAUAAGUCUGGUGAUGGAUCUGUGUAAACAGCCUCCUGGGAUGGCCAUUGAAAAAUGGCAUUUGAUGCUGGUCUGGGGAGGGGCCAGUUGAUAAGACGAUAGAAAACUGCUUCUCCAUCCCUACUCCUAUAGUGUCAGUACCUGUGUUUGUACUUUGGGGCAUUAAGAGGGUUGCACUGGUGUAGAACAGGGCUUGGACUGGAGUGACUCAUCAUGGUGGGUACUGGUUUGCACAGGUGCUACAUGCCUACCUUUGUUUACAACCAGUGCAAACCACUAUCUGUGUACUUACGGUGCAAAGUUCUCCAGCCUAGACAAGCUCUACCGAAGAUGUCCCUGUUCAUAAUUCCAGUUCUAAAUUAAAUUGUAUUUCACAUUUGGUGGCUUGGUCCCACUCAAAGGCAUUCUUGCCUUUCAGAGUCUGGCUGGUGUUUUCUUGGGAUUCUUGACUUUUGCCCUGGAAACUUGUAAUACAAAUGGAAACUGGCUUUUUUUCAGCACCAGCCACUUAUAAAACUGGGUUCCCCCCCACCCCUCCUGUAAUGGUGGGAACCUGCUUUGCCAAUGCUAACAUUGUGCCUUUCUGUUAACCAGCUGUUUCAAUCCCAAAGUUAUAAAGACUGUGAAAGUGAUAAUCUGGAAACACCUUACUUUCAUCUCAUUCUUCCUUCCCCUUUAAUCUGGCAUUAAAUGUGUUGACUCCCCUUAACAAUGUGUGUGUGUGAAAGUUUAACUUUGAAAUCAGCCUCUCAAAGGCAAAUUGUGUGUUUUAAUUUAAUCUUUUGUGGACUGAAGUUUAAAAAGCUGGUGCUAAUUGUGUUUACCACUAAAAUUAGUCUUCAAAGUCUACCUUUUUAAAAAAAUUGCUGCUAUGAGUUUGUGUUUUAGUUGCAUGUCAAACAACCAAUUAAAGGCUUGUCACUAUUUUUAGUCGUAAGGGGGUUCCCAAGGGAAUAGUACUGCAGUAUUUGUAUAUUGAAUCAGUAUUUUAUCCUGGCAUAAUCUGGUGAAGUAUAGGGGUUUUUCAUUGGACUGGAAAAAGUGGACAAUUCAGUCAUCUUCCUUAGGAGUUUAGUAUAUUUUUAUAUAUAUAUUUUGUACCAAAAAACUGGAGUUCUUGGGAGCUGCUUCUUUUUGUUUUGGCCCUAAGACUGAUAUAGAUGUGAAGGGCUCUAGACCUAAAAAGAAGAGGUUUUACUAAAAGAAACUGAGGAGGUGUGUGUGAAAACAAUGUUCUUGUAACUGUGCCAAUUACUGCCUGGUUUGCAUUUAUUAUUUUUUAUUAUUAAAAAUGCCAAAUCA